UUCCCGACGCAGCAAAGGACAUUUGAGAUGAAGCUCUCCUGCGCAGUGCUGGGUCUACUGGUGGCAUCCACUGAAGGAUCUGUAACUUUGGAUGAAGUGCUGAUGCUACGGGAGCAGGUGAAAGCACAACGUGCGCUCUUCGAGGAGCAGCAAGCGGUGCUGGAAGGACUCAAGAAAGAACGAGAUGCACGACGCCUGCAGACCUACGCGACCACAGCCGAAUUGGCAACACAGGUUGCUGCCCUGCAAGCCACGGACUACAGCCUGGGUGGCGCUUUGGACUCCGCCUGGAUGUGUCUUUGUGGUGCCCUGGUGAUGUUCAUGCACGCAGGUUUCGGCAUGUUGGAGACCGGCUCCUGCCGGGCCAAGAACGCCUCAAACGUCUUGAUGAAGAACUUGGUGAAUGUCUGCGUGGGCACCUUGGGAUGGUGGCUCUUUGGUUGGGCCUUUGCCUAUGGUUCAGUCGGAGUCGACAAUGGUGGCAAUGGCUUUAUUGGAUGGCAUGGUUUCGCUGGAUUCGAUUUCUACACCCAGGACAAGACCACAGGCAUUAUCACACCUGCCUCCUGUUCUGCUGCAGGCUGCCAAAGCACCAUGUUGAGCUGGUUCUUCCAGUGGGCCUUUUGCACUGCUGGUGCCACCAUUGUGAGUGGUGCCGUGGCGGAACGUGUGAAGAGCCCCACCUACGCCGUCUUCGCCUUUCUGAUGGCCAGCUUCAUCUACCCAGUUGUUGUGGCCUGGACCUGGGGUGGUGGCUGGCUGGCGACCAUCCUGGACGUUGGCUACAUGGAUUUUGCCGGCAGUGGAGUGGUCCACCUCACAGGUGGGGUGGCGGGCUUAGCUGGCACCAUCAUCUUGGGACCUCGCAAGGGGCGCUUCACCAACCCCGCGGAGUUCGAGACCCAUAAUCUUCCACUGGUGGUGCUGGGAACCUUUGCCCUGUGGUUCGGCUGGUAUGGCUUCAACCCGGGCUCCACCCUAGGAAUGCACGACUACGCCACUGGUGCCAUGGCAGCUCAGGUGGCCAUGAACACCACGCUGUCGGCUGCCACAGGUGGCAUCACAGUUUUCAUUUUGGCCUAUCUCAUCACCAGGAAGUACGACGUGGGGGGGUUGUGCAACGGUAUCCUCGCAGGCUUGGUCUCCAUCACUGCGGGCUGUGGCAACAUGGAGUGUGGCAGCGCGGUUGCCACCGGGUUCAUCGGGGCCUUCGUUUACAUGGGAUCCUCUAUGCUGCUGCAGAAGUUGAAGAUUGAUGACCCGGUGGAUGCAGCCCCGGUGCACGGUUUCUGUGGCAUUUGGGGCGUGCUCGCCUGCGGCCUCUUUGACUGGGGCAAGGGCUUCGAUCACUACCAUGGCUGGAGUGGCUUCGGUUGCAUGAUGAACACCGCUGGCACUGCCUGCCAGACAGGCUAUGGUGGCUCUGCCAUUGGUGCUCAAUUUAUCCUGUGCAUCAUGGUGAUUUUGUGGUCAGGCUCCCUGUCUGCCAUCAUCUUCUUGCUGCUGAAACUCACAGGAACUCUGCGCAUCAGCGACGGGGUGGAGAACGUCGGAAUGGAUGAACAUCAUCAUUCACCGCCCAAAGCCUACUCAUUGAACGCUUGAGAGAGCUUCAAAUUAGCCUAGCUCGAGGCAUGCUGCCCUAAGCACCAAGUAGAGCGAAGCUUGUUU